GUCGUUUCUUUCAUCCAUGUCAUUCAUAUCUUCCUAGCAACGGGCAACGGGCAAAUCCCACUCAAUUUGCAUUCCCAAAUCCGAAUUUUCUCUCAUUCACCGACUGAACCCUAAUAAGUAUGAAUUCGUCGGAAAUCUGAUAAAGUGAGCUUGUAAAAACAUAAUAUUUUUCUUGUUUUAAUCUAUUCCCAUGGUGCCCAAUGUUAAGAAUGGCGCGAAUCCGGAUUCUCCGGUGGCCAAACCAAAGCUUCAUUUCUGCGCGACAAUGUUUCAGCUCCCCAUUCCUGAACAUAAACUGAUGAUCCCACCAAAAUCGGCAAUGAUAUUUGGCGAGGAACUGUAUGAGUCUGUUACUCUCACAGUUCCUAAUGGUCAAGCUUGGCUGGUAGGACUGAAGAAAGAUGGGGAUCAAAUUUGGCUUCAUGAUGGUCUGCAUGAAUUUCUGGACUACUACUCUGUCCAACUCUUAUAUAAUUUGCACUUUAGAUACGAAGGAAAUUCGGUAUUCUGUGUUUAUAUAUGUGACGCAUCAGGUUCUGAGAUUGACUACCCAUGUGAUGGUCCAAGUAGAGGUGUCGAGCCCAACUUUGGCAAGCAUAACGAGAAGGGCAAUAGAGGUGAUGAUAGUGUCGAAAUUUGGGAUAUCAAGCCUCCCAUUUCUGAUCAUGGUUUGUUUGUUAAUCACAAGGAAGAUAGGAGAGGUGAUGAGUGUGUUGAAAUUUUGGAUGUCAAACCUUCCAUUUCUCCUGGUUCCUCUCAAGGAAAUCCCUUUAGUGGAGAUGUAGAGCAAUGGUCUCCUAGCAAAAGACGUGAUUUUCUCUGUCAACAGAAAAUAUGCAGGCCUAGUAAGCGUUGCAGAAAUGCUGCUUCCAUGGAUUCUCCGCUAAAUGGAGAUGCCUGCCAUACAAGGAGUAGAAUGCUUGAAAAAGAAGGGCAGGUGAACCUAAAAGAAUUGGGCAAUGUCAAUACUUCCGAAACAGGUAAAGCGAAAGAAAAUAUGAAACCUCACCCACCAAGCUUGCUGGUUAAAGAUGAAGGAGAUGUUGAAAUGCAUGUUCCUAAGAGCUUACGCUACGCUAAGUCAAGACUAGUUAUAUCCAAGGAAACCGAGAAGGCAGUUCAUAUUGCCUGUAUGCACAAGCUUGAAAAUCCUUCUUUUAUGGUUAUCUUAAGACCACAUAACUUCAGUGAAAAGCAUGUGGAUUUGCCCACUGAAUUCGUAAAGAGGCAUUUAAGCCAGUGUUCCGAAGACAUGCAACUUCAGGUUCAUAAUGGAGAAUGUAAGUGGUCGGUUCGAUGCUUUUAUAGAAGCAGCAGAGUCAAAGAUGGUUCAAGGACAAUGAAGAAAAUAGGCAAAGGGUGGCGUCUAUUUUCAUCAGACAACAAUUUGCAGGUAGGAGAUGUUUGUGUUUUUGAGCUGCUCAAGAAAGAGAAGAACAAUAUCGUGCUGAGAGUGUGGAUAUAUCGUGCAGCUGAUUACGCAACCCGGUCUAAAAACGCAUUAAAGAAAAAGUAGUAACUUGUACAAAAGUUGAAGUUGAUGAUGGAAUUUGUUUGCAUAUGUGUAGCAAAAUACCUGCUUCUUUUGCUUCCUGGUAUGGCUAACUUUCGGAUUAGUACUAAAUUGUGUAGUGGAUUUUGUUGCAGUAGAACGCCAAACUGCAAUUGCCUUUUGUCUAGUAUAGGGUUAAAAAAUGUAUGAAACUACAACUUCUAUGUAUCUAUUUUGUUCUGUAAAUAUGUAGCUUCCCCCGUCUUUUCUAUACCUGCAUAUGAUUAGUCUUCUGAAGAUGUUUAUGUAGC